ACACACACACACACACGCACACACUCACAAGACACACACACACACACACACACACACACAAACGGUCGGUCUUCAUAGUCCCCAGCCACAGACAUCAUCAUCAUCAUCACACACACACAUGCACACACACACACACACACACAACAGCAGCAGCAGCAGCAGCUCCCUCAGUCUGUCAGGAGUCGCUCCUCUCAACCACUUGGAUUGUACAAGGCCAGCUGAGGACGCGAUAGGAGAGAGAAAAGGGACGCUCGCCAUCGGGGAGGAGAGCAGAGCAAAAUAUUCACACUGAGGAUAAAGCUUCAUCUGAGGCGGCGGGCGGCAGGCUGACGGCACAGCCAGUGGCACUGCAGAGGCACAACAGCACAGUGGGCUUAAGCGUCGCUGCGAGGGGUAGAAGAGCAUGCGAUCCCGCAGCAACAGUCUGGAGGACAUAACCAAGGCCAAGCUCGUGCAGCAGCAGCAGCAGGCGGACACACGCAAGCGAUCCGCGGAGCGAGAGGAUCCCUCGGGGAGGGCCGAGCGCCGCGGCCGCUAUCGCGAACUGCCGGAUGACACUGGCACUGUUCAGCGCAACUAUAACAUGGCAAAGAACAGCACAUGUGCCGGUGGGACCGGCAGUGGCAGUGGUGCUACGAAAGGAGGUCGGAGGGAGAAGGGCAGGGACCUUUCCCGAGAUGACCUCGUCUUUCUGCUGAGCCUGCUGGAGGGAGAGCUGCAGGCCAGAGAUGAGGUGAUCACAGUUCUGAAGGCGGAGAAAAUUGACCUGGACCUGCUGGAGGCCAAGUAUGGCUUCGUCACACCCCAGAAGGUCCUACAGGCCCUGCAGAGAGACGCCAUCCAGGAGAAAUGUGACGGCUUCCAGGAGGACAUUUAUGAGAGGCCCAUGUUAGAGCUGGACAAGUUAGUGGAGAAGCAGAAGGAGACCCAUCGGCGGAUGCUGGAGCAGCUGCUGAUGGUGGAGCAGUCGCACAAACAGGCGCUGUACAAGCUGGAGGACGAGAAGAAGAACCACGGGGAGUUCAUGAAGAAGAGCGACGAGUUCACCAACCUGCUGGAGCAGGAGCGCGAGAGGUUGAAGCUGUUAAUUGACCAGGAAAAGGCCUACCAGGAACGAAAGGACGAAGACAACAGUAAAAAGGUCACAAGUCUGAAGGAGGAGCUGACAAAACUCAAGUCAUUUGCGUUGAUGGUUGUGGAUGAACAGCAGCGUGUCACUGAGCAGCUGAAACAACAAACAGUCAAGGUCCAAGAACUGAGUGCCAGUGCUUCACAAGCCCAGGAGGAGCUGAGCUCAGCUAAUGCCCGUCUGCAGGAAGAGGAGCAAAAGGUCUUUCGCUUGGAGUCUGAGCUGCGUGACCAGGCUUGUCGAUACCAUCUGGAACAAGAGACCAUGACUGCCAAAUUGACCAGCGAGGAUGCCCAAAGCAGGCAGCUGCGCCAGAAACUGUCAACUCUCAGCAGGCAGCUUGAUGAGCUGGAGGAGACCAACAAGACCCUGCGCAGAGCCGAGGAAGAGCUGCUGGAGCUCAGGGACAAAAUUAGCCGUGGUGAGUGUGGAAACUCCAGCCUCAUGUCUGAGCUUGAAGAGUUACGUAAAAGAGUACUUGAAAUGGAGGGAAAGGACGAAGAGUUGAUCAGAAUGGAGGACCACUGCAGGGACCUCAACAAGAAACUGGAGAAAGAGGCCAAUCAAAGCCGAAGUCUGAAGGCUGAAGUCGAUAAGCUGAACCACAGAAUUAUGGACUUGGAAAAAUUAGAGGAUGCAUUCAGCAGGAGCAAACAAGAAUGCAGCUCACUCAAAAGUAACCUGGAGAAGGAGAGGACAAUGUCAAAGGUUCUGACCAGUGAGCUGGAAGUUUUGAAAGUCAGGGUCAAAGAACUGGAGGCAGCAGAAACCCAACUUGGAAAGGCAGAGCUGACACUGAAGGAAGAUCUAACCAAGUUAAAGACUCUGACAGUCAUGCUGGUGGAUGACAGGAAGGCAAUGGCAGAGAAGCUAAAGCAAAUGGAGAACAAGGUCCAGAACAGCACCGGCAAACUUCAGGCUGAGCAGGACAAAGUUACAUCCGUAACAGAGAAGCUAAUUGAGGAGAGUAAGAAAGCACUAAGGUCAAAGGCUGAGCUGGAGGAGAAAAUGUGCAGCGCGACAAAGGAAAGGGAUGACUUGAAGGCCAAGUUGAGGGGUGAAGAGGAAAAGAGCAAGGAUUUGGAGUCAAAGAUCAAUAUGAUGAAGAAAAGGCUGCAAGCCCUAGAGAACGUAGAAAGGGAACACCUGAGGAACAAAGCUAAAGAGGAGCACAUUAAAACACCUAUUGCUUACCGCUUCCAACAGGAGGACAACAAAGUGAAGGAUUUGACACAGGAGGUUGAACGCCUCCGACGCAAAUUAAAGGACAUGAAGGUGGUAGAAGGUGAUUUAUUAAAAACAGAAGAGUUCGAAUCACUGGAGAAAAGAUUCGCCAAUGAACAAGAGAAAGCUAAAGUCUUGAUGGAAGAGCUGGACAUAUCCAGAAAAGAACUUUCAAAGUAUCAGCUGGCUGAAAAGAAAGAGUGCAACCAAGAGCAUGUUCUUUAUAAACGCUUGAAGGAGGAGGAGGCAAAGUCAAGUCACUUGACCCGAGAGGUAGCAGCCCUGAAAGAGAAAAUUCAUGAAUACAUGGGAACAGAGGACUCCAUUUGCCGCAUGAAAACUGAUCACUCUACUCUGCAAAGAAAACUAACCCAGCAGGAGGUCAGAAACAAAGAACUGGGCCGAGAAAUGGAGACACUCACCCGAGAGCUUGAAAGAUACAGACGAUUUAGCAAAAGUCUUCGCCCCGGCAUGAAUGGAAGACGCUUUUCAGACCUUCAUGUUUCCACCAAGGAAGUUCAGACGGAGCCACUUGACCUCAUGUCUCCCAACUGCAAGACGGUGGCGCCACUGGAACGCGCUGUGGUGAACGGCAAGCUGUAUGACGAGAGUGAACCUGAAGACAAUGCCUAUUACAGUAACGAACUUCAGCUCUCCAAGUGCAGCCCCUCACUUAUGAAUAAUGUCAAUAACCUCAACAACAACAUGAGAAGAGCACGAGUCCCGUUCCUCAAAAACAAAGACACCCCCCAUGCAGUGAACGGCAAAAUGCAACCGCGGCAGAAUGGCAAUCAUGUCCAGCCCGGUGAUGUGGUGUUGACCCACAGUCCGGGGCAGCCCCUGCACAUUAAAGUGACUCCUGACCACGGACACAACACAGCAAUGCUAGAGAUCACCAGCCCAACUACAGAAAACGCCCAGUCAUUCACCAGCACUGCCGUCAUACCCACAAGUGGAGGUCCACCCAAACAGAGAAUUACAAUUAUCCAGAAUGCCUCCAUAUCCCCCACUGCAAAAUCAAUUUCCCCAACAACAAAAUCUAAGGGUUCCCCUUUGUCCGAUGAGCUGUGUUCACCAGAUCGGGCCCUUUCCCCUUUCACUAUGGCCACAUACUCCAGAGCAAUGACCCCAGACUCUUGUGGCUCUGUAACACCAGACAGACCCAUGUCACCCAUACAAAUUGUGUCGGUCACAACCGGCACACCGGACCGCUCUCUCUCCACGGAGCCAGUGGAAGUUGUUGGAGGGCACGCCGUCUUCCGCGUGACCCCGGAAAGGCAGAGCAGCUGGCAGGUGCAGAGGUCCAACAGCUCGGGACCAAACGUCAUCACCACAGAAGACAACAAAAUCCACAUUCACUUAGGCGGCCCCUUCAUUCAGAGCAUCAGCACCCCGCCACAAACGCCGAGUCCCUGCCACACGCCUGGACUUCAAGAGCAACGGACUCAGGUGCUUGCAAAUUGCAGCACUUCCACUGCCAAAGGCAACAGCAAAAUCACAAGUAGCAUCAUGAUUAAGCCCACCUCCACCCCAAUCCAAAGGCCAUCACAAAUUACAAUACCUGCAGACGCAUUACGACGCCCAGGACCUACACGAAUCCCCAAACCGAAGAGCUUCAGCUCCCAGAAAGGGACAAACAGCCCUGCACUGCAGAACAAGAGUCAGCUGCCACACGCUCAUAUGACCGCUGGGAAAGAGCAGCACACACACGUGGCUGCCGCACACAACAACAACAACAACAACAACAACCCCAAUCUGAACCGCAGACUGUCACAUCAGUGAUACUUGUUGGGUUUUUUCUUUUGGUCACAAGAUUUAAUGUUGAUCUUUUGAGGUAGAAGGUCAACUUACAGUAUAUUUCACUUACACUAAAAACAAUGUCAUGGUUACUUCAAAUCUCAAAUGAGUGAUUCUGCAUGAAGACAAUCUGCAAAAGAAAAAAUAACUGUCUUCAAGUACUGCUCUACUAUUACAUAAUCUUCAUCUGUGGUGCUCUGACGUGCAAAAUGCAGCUGUUCACUAUGUCGAUGUCAUGUUCAAUGUGUAGACACUCUGAUAGAACAAACAUAAAAAAACAUUUACACAGUAGUUCCAAUGUAGAUUCAUUUAAUAAAUGAGUAAACUAUUCACAGUAACAGCUUUGUGUGAGGAUGUCACUGUGAUCAAAGUUAAUAAAACUGAAUAUUAGAACACCGAGUGUAUUAUAUUGUCAUUGUUCUUGUUGAAAACGAACGUUCACAUGUAUUGUGUGUUUGUGUUAAUCUUUGAUGACGUUAUCUGUUGUGAAAUACGGACAAUAAAACAGCAUUUGUCCAUUUCUAGAUAUGGAGCAUAUGUUUGAAAAAACAAAGUGGCAAUAAUGUACAUACGUGUAUAACUGAUGUGUUGUAACGUAGCUCCUUGCUAGUGAUAAUUUCCCAAAUGUGACAU